CCAGAAAGAGAGAGAUUCGAGAGCCAUGUAUCUCUUCAACUUCAACCCGAACAGAUCAACCACCACCAGACCAUGGCCCACCAAGAGGCCAUCAUCAUCAUCAUCAUCACAGAGAUCGCCACUCCUCUUCAUCACCGUCCUCUUCUGCGCCUUCAUAUUCUUCCUCUACUACCAAUCUCUCUCUCCCACUUCCCUCUCUCUCUCUUCUUCCAAAACCCCCCAUUCCCUCCAAAACCAAUGCCGGAUCCCUUCGCCCCGAGAAAAGUUCCUCUGGUAUGCGCCCCACAGCGGCUUCAGCAACCAGCUCUCCGAGUUCAAGAACGCCCUUUUGAUGGCCGCCAUUCUGAACCGGACUUUGAUCGUUCCUCCGAUCUUGGACCACCACGCCGUCGCGCUCGGAAGCUGCCCCAAGUUUCGUGUUUCGGCUCCGGCCGAGAUUCGGGCUUCGGUUUGGGAUCACGCCGUUGAGCUCAUUCGCAGUGGAAGGUAUGUCUCCAUGGCUGAUAUCGUUGAUAUUUCAUCAUUAGUUUCUUCGUCCUUUAUACGAGCUAUAGAUUUUAGGGUGUUUGCUUCUCAAUGGUGCAAUCUUAACUUAGAGGGCAUUUGUGUCAAUGAAUCGGAUAAGCAAUCAUCUUUGCUUGAUAGCCUUAAACAAUGUGGAUCUCUACUAGCUGGGCUGGAUGGUAGUGUGAGUAAGUGUUUAUAUGCUGUGAAUGAGGACUGCAGAACUACAGUUUGGACAUACAAAAAUGAUAAUGAAGAUGGUACAUUGGAUUCUUUCCAGCCCGAUGAACAGCUCAAAAAGAAGAAGAAAAUUUCAUAUGUUAGGAGAAGAAGAGAUGUGUAUAAGAAUCUUGGACCUGAUUCCGAAGCUGACUCAGCUACAUUGCUGGCAUUUGGGAGCAUUUUCACUAGUCCUUACAAAGGUUCAGAGCUAUACAUUGACAUCCAUGAAUCUCCAAGAGAUCAAAGGAUACAGAAAUUGAUUGAGAAAAUUGAGUUUCUUCCAUUUGUCCCUGAAGUUAUCAGCGCCGGAAAAAGGUUUGCUCGUGAGACCAUACAAGCUCCGUUUCUCUGUGCACAGCUUAGAUUAUUAGAUGGUCAAUUUAAGAACCAUUGGAAGACAACGCUUCUGGGGUUAAAGCAGAAAAUCGAAUCUUUGGGACAGAGUUCUCAUCCCACUCAUAUUUUUGUGAUGACUGAUCUUCCUGAGGCUAAUUGGACCGGAAGUUACUUGGGAGAUUUGGCUGGAGAUUCUCAUCAGUUUAAACUGCAUCUUCUGAAAGGCACAGAUGAGUUGGUUAUGCAAACGGCAAGAGCACUUGCGGUUGCAAAUCAUGGCUUGAGUUCUGGGUUUCUUUCAAAAAGUAGCGAUGGAGAUAGUAAGAUUCAGAAGCAUUGUCGUCCCUCAACAUUAGCGGAUGCACUUCUAUACAUAGAAGAAACUGUUUGCAGCUGUGCCUCCCUUGGAUUUGUCGGGACUUUGGGUUCAACUAUUGCAGAAAGCAUAGAGUUGAUGAGAAAGUUUGGGGUAUGUUCAAGUUCAACUCGGACUGCAUUGUGACAACUGCAUGCCUUCUGCCGUGACGAAUGCUGUCGAACGGAGUUAACUGAAGGCAGUUUAGUCCUGCAAAAUGGUUUGUAAGCUCUCUUUGAGAGACUCCGGUCUUCUCACUGCGCAAUCUUGAACAUUCUUGUCUCAUGAGACCACAAUUCUUUUGAUCCUCCAGCCAGAAUAUGUGCGUUUAUUCAUUUGUCAAUGAUAGAACGGCAAUGAACUCUGAUUGCAGCCCUUUACUGAUAAACUGUCUUAUGCUCGCAUCAGAAAACUAAGUCUGGUUUCUCCCCAGUUGGGAUCUGAGAGGAAAAAUCCGCAUUCAUCGUCUUCUCUGUCAGUGAGUUUAAGACCAACUUGAUUCUUUUCACAUAUCAAGUGUAUGUAUCUAUUAACAGAUAUGGGGUAGUUCUCUUAUGUGUUUCUUUCUUUGUAACGUCCUUGAAUUUUUCAAGUCGUGUGUGGGGUUGGUGUUUGGUAUUUGGUGGGAUUUAUUUUGUCUUCUGAUAAAAUUUAUUGCAAAAUAGUACUGAGAAGACUAGUAAAUGAUCAACAUAUACUAUUUUAUU